AUGGGAAAGACCAAUCAGUCUUCUGUGACAGAAUUUGUCCUACUGGGGCUUUCUGGCUAUCCAGAGCUUGAGGCCAUUUACUUUGUGAUGGUGCUGUGUAUGUACCUGGUUAUCCUGCUGGGAAAUGGAAUCAUCAUCAUUGUAAGUGUCUGUGACUCCCACUUGCACACCCCCAUGUACUUUUUCCUCAGUAACUUAUCAUUCUUGGACAUUUGCUAUACCAGUUCUUCUAUUCCCCUAUUUCUCAGCAGCUUCUUAACUUCACAGAAAACCAUUUCCUUCUCUGGGUGUGGAGUGCAAAUGUUUCUCUCCUUUGCUAUGGGAGCCACAGAGUGUGUCCUUCUGAGCAUGAUGGCAUUUGACCGCUAUGUGGCCAUCUGUAACCCUCUGAGAUACUCCGUUAUUAUGAGCAAGACUUCAUACAUGUCCAUGGCUGCUGGGUCCUGGAUUGCAGGGGGUGUCAAUUCUGUGUUGCAAACCUCUCUUGCAAUGCGGCUUCCUUUCUGCGGGGAUAAUGUCAUUAAUCAUUUUACUUGUGAAAUCUUGGCUGUCUUAAAAUUGGCUUGUGCUGAUAUCUCCAUAAAUGUUAUUAGCAUGGUUAUUGCUAAUGUUAUUUUUCUUGUGGUCCCAGUACUUUUCAUUUUUGUUUCCUAUGUUUUCAUUCUCUCCACUAUCCUGAAGAUUCCUUCUGCAGAGGGGAAGCGCAAAGCCUUCUCCACCUGCUCUGCCCACCUAACUGUGGUGAUUAUAUUCUAUGGAACCAUCCUCUUCAUGUAUGCAAAACCCAAGGCUAAAGACUUCUCUGGUACAGACAAAGUACAAGUCACAGACAAAAUCAUCUCUCUCUUCUAUGGAGUUGUGACACCUAUGCUCAAUCCCCUCAUCUAUAGUUUGAGGAACAAAGAUGUGAAGGAAGCUGUGAAGAAUAUGCUGUGUCAGAAAUGCUCCUCAGAGGGAAUGUCAAUGCUUUAA